AUGGCUGUCGAUGCAAUGGAUGUAGACUCGAGCCCUGCGCCUGCGGCAGUGGCUGAGCCUGAGCGCAAGCGCAAACACAAGCACAAGGACCAGUCCUCGAAGAAGAAGCGGAAGCACGACUCCAAGCUGAUCGCCGACGAGACAACAGUCCACGAGACGACAAGCAAAAAGUCCUCCAAGAGCAAAGAGAAGAGCAAGCAAAAGUCGUCUGAGGACGCACCAUUACCCUCCGACUCGCCUUAUGUUCUGACCACCGCCACUCUUUACCUUCCGCUAUCGCCCAUCUCCAUCUCGCCCACCCAUGCGCUGGCCUCUCUGCUGGCAGAGCACCUCUCGCCUCUCCUCCUCACAUACUACCCGCCUUUACAGGGUGUGAUCCUGGCCUACUCCAACGCCUCGAUAUCGAGCGAACCGCCGAGCGCGUCUUCCCCGUCAUCUGAUCCCCAAGACAACCCGCAGCCGUUGACGCUCGCAAAGACAGCAGACGAGUACGGCGUCCUGUACAUCUACCUGACAGCCACAUUCCUAGUCUUCCGCCCGCAGCGCGGCCAGAUUCUGGAGGGCUGGGUCAACGUCCAGUCCGAGGGCUUCCUCGGCGCCGUCGUCCUGAACCUGUUCUCCGUCGGAAUCGAGCGCAAGAGACUCCCCUCGGACUGGAAAUGGGUCCCACCUGGCGAAGAAGAAGAGGAAAACGGAUUCAACAGCAGCGAAAAGCCAAAGAAGAAGGUCUUCUCGUCGACCGAAGAUGAAGACGACUCGGAACCCUCGUCCCACUUUGACCCGGAAAUGGAACACUUCAAGCCCAUCUCGCUCGCCUCCAACGCCAACCCCUUCUCCGAAACCAUGGACCUUAACAAUGGCUCCGCCGACGACGACGAGUCCGCCGCAGAGGGCUACUUCCAGUCCGUCUCGGGCCACCGCGUCCGCGGGACCGUCCGGUUCAGAGUCGUCGAUAUCGACGUCAUCCCCGGUUCUGAUCGCGAGCGUGGCUUCCUCAGUAUCGAGGGUACCAUGCUGUCGCCCGAAGAGGAAGCCCGAGUCCUCGAAGACGAGCGCAAUGGGAAUUACUCUUCUAUGACCCCUCGACCACAGGGCCAGUGGGAACCCUCGAGCGCUAUGUCCGGCGCAUUAGCAGGUUCGUCCUCGGCUGCUCCUAGCACUGCCGAUGCAGGCGCCGACGCCGACGCAGGUACGGGAGCCUUGGAAGAAUCACCGAGCAAGAAGAAGGAGCGCAAGACGGAAAAGGAGAAGAAAUCCAAGCCCUCGAAAUCAAAGAAGAAAAAGGAGGAGAAAUGA